AUGAUGCAGACUCUUCCUCCGCAUUAUCGCCCACCCCCACCUCCAGGUCCUUCAGACGAUGAUGAAACUCCAACUUUGUGGAAUGGAGAUAUCGCUGAGUUAUAUGCUAAACUGAAUCUCACAGAGGAUGAGGAAGUUGCUAUUAAUCUAGAGGAUGUUAUUGAUGAUGAGAUUGAACAAAAAGCUAAUCUUAGUCUUGUGGGCAAGCUCCUAACGAAGAAACCGUAUAAUUUAAUUCAUAUGAAGAAUGCCCUUAGCAGUGCAUGGCGACUGGCGAAGGGAUUCAGUAUUAAGGAGAUUGGGGAUAACUUAUUUGUUUGUGAAUUCAAAACUAAAACGGAUAGAACUCGUAUUUUGAACGAAGCUCCGUGGCACUUUGACAAACAAUUGAUAUUAUUUGAACCACUUUGUGGCAAUCUACAACCAGAUGAGGUUGGACUAGAGAAGAGUCCGUUCUGGAUCCGUAUCUAUAAUAUUCCCCUUAACUGUAGAAGUAAAGCUGCCAUUACAAGAAUUGCUAGUAAGGUGGGACGGAUUGUGGAAUGGAGUGAUGAGGAGAUGGCUACAUGGGGAAGAUAUAGUCGAAUUAGGGUUAUGAUUGAUGUAACAAAACCUAUUGUCAGAGGCACGAAAAUCAUAAACCCUCUUGGUGAGAGUUGUUGGGUCUCUUUUAAGUACGAGAAAAUUCAAAACUUUUGUUAUUGGUGCGGCAUGUGUGAUCACAUAGUGGCUGACUGUGAAACCAAACCUGAAGAGAUGGAAGUUGAGGAAUGGCCGUAUGGUCCUGUUUUGCGGGCGACUCCUAAAAACGUGGUUUAA